AUGGGACUAGUAGAGAAGUAUAGAAAAAGGAAGAGGGACCUUCAUAGAGCAUUCUUUGACCUUAAAAAGGCCUAUGACAAAGUUUUGAGGGAAAUUCGUAGAGGUUUGGAGGCUAAAGGUGUCCUGAUGGUGUAUAUUAGGGCGAUAAAUGAUAUGUCAGAUGGAGAAAAGACUCGGAUUAGAAUGGUGGGAGGAGACUCGAAGCACUUCUUUAUUGAGAUGUGGCUACAUCAAGGAUCAAUUCUUAGCCUUUUCCAAUUUUCUUUGGGGAUAGAUGAGUUGAUGCGAUCUAUUCAGGAGAAGGUUCCUUGGUGUAUCUUAUUUACAGAUGACAUAGUAUUUAUUGAUGAGAUACGAGACAAAGUUAAUUCUAGGUUGGAGGUUUGGAGACAAACUCUGGAGUUCAAAGCGUUCAAGUUGAGCAGGUGCAAAAUGGAGUAUUUAGAGUGCAAAUUUAGUGAUGAGUUGGAUGAAACGGAUGUGGAAGUAAGUGUGCCACAUAGACUAUUCCCAAGAGACUAA